AUGGAGAUGAUUAUUUUGCCGCUUUCUGAAGUCAUCUUGGAAUGGGAUCUUUCACAAGUAUCACAAGAUGCACGGCUCUUGGCAUGUUCCGUGGACCGUGGAGUUCCCGAGCAAGCCAGGAUAAAUGUGAUCACAUUUUUGCAGUCAUGGAACUACUUGGGAGCUCGCCAAGAAUUUCCAGAUCUGGUGCAAGCAUUCACGCAACUGUGCACCGACACAAAGGGGGUUAUCUUUUUCUCAGGAGUGGGCAAGAGGGGGUUCGUAGCCCAAAAGUGCGCGCAGACAUUGGUCUCGACAAGUGCGCUGGCGGUGUUUCUAUCCCCGACUAAUGCCUUGCAUGGGGAUAUCGGCCUUGUUGGUCCCAACGAUGUGCUCGUCUUGUUCAGCAAGUCAGGAGCCACUGAGGAGCUCAACAUACUCAUUCCAUGCGCGAUAGCUAGGAGUGCCUACUUUGUGGACAUCUCGUUGCUCAAACACUCCAAUUUUCGGAAGAUGUGUGACAUGCAUGUAUACCUCCCUCUAGAACGAGAGCUAUGCCCCUUUUAUCUUGCGCCAGUCACUUCAACUGCCAUCCAGAUGCUGUUCUGCGACACUGUCUCCAUAGCACUUAUGAAAACCAAGAAUUUGGCACGCGAGCAGUAUGCCUGGCUGUAUGAGACGGUGUCUCAGUGA